AUGAAAAUAUUCAGAGAUGUUGUGGCUUCGGGAGAGUAUGCGUACGCACCAUCAGCUUCACAGCCUCAGCCAGCGUUUGCUCCACAGCCUGACAUAGAAGAGGAGGAGGAUGUUUAUAGAGUCGGGCUAGACCAACAAGAAGGGUCAGGGGAUAGUGAGGAUGAAAACUUUGGUGUGGACCCAACAGCCAGUGCAGGGUUCACAAAUGACUUCGCUGCUUGCAACAUAAACACCCCCGCAAGUACUGGACCAAGUGGCUCAGGAAGCUAUGGAAAGAGAAAGAGGGGUGAGACAUCAGAUGCAAAGAGGAAGAAGAAAGUUGCUGCAUCUACAUUAAUUUCUGAUAGCCUGAGUGUCAUAGCAGCUGCUUCUGACAAGCGAGCAGCAGCAUUGGUUGAAGAUCCCCAAGUAGUUGAUAAGGUUUUGGCACACCUGACUACCGUUGAGGAGCUUAAUGAUGACAAUCAACUAUAUUAUGCAUGUGCCAAGAUGCUUACGCAGUUGAGGUGGGCUAGGCGAGCCUAUUUGGGGUUUAUGCAUGAUAGAAGCAAGUUGUUGAGGUGGUUGAUACCGGCAGCACAAGACCCAGACACAUGGAAGUGA